AUGCGGAAUAACGGAGCGCUUGGGAUGACUUCAAAGAGUCUUCAAAACGAUAAAAUCAUGAAUGUCCGCACAAAAGAUCGUGGGGAACCUUCUACAGUAAAGCUCUCACCAGAUGGGCGGCUCUGUGCAAUGCAACGCUCCCCGAACACCGCCGAUAUAAUUUUUCUAGAAAAAACUGAAAAUUCGUUGUGUCUAGAGCUAAAUGUCAGCACAAAAUCUAAGGAACCGUUGUUGGCAGUUGAAUGGGUCACUAAUAAUCAGUUGCUUCUUGUCAAUAAUCACAGUGCUGAGCUCUUAUUCAUAAAUGAGGAUAAGAAAUCGUCGAAACUGAUAAAAGCGACAAAUGUGAAUGCCGCAUGGGCCAUUUAUUAUGCCCCCAGCCAAUUAUUGCUCAUCGCUAAUGGUCAAUCUUGCUCAAAUCUGCAACCAAUCAUCGUUGCUCACUCGCAAUUCACUCGGAUGAAAAAUUUCGAAGUCGAUUUCGGUGGAUCGAUUUCUAAGGAGAAUUUUUUGGAGAAAGACGCGGCGAUUGCGGCAAUCUACGGCAAAGUGUACGUAAUGGUGUUCCGAUACAGUAAUCGAAGUGCGACAAUGUUGGAUUUGUACGAGCUACCGUUCGACGCCACUACAGUACCCCAAUUCAAGCACUCGCUCAUUUUGGGUUUCAACGGCGGCUGCGGUAUUCAUGUCAUUGAUAAUUUGGUGAUUAUUCAUCAUCAGUCAUCUCAAAAAUCCCUGAUUUUUGAUAUUAAAGUCAGCUCGCCGAGCAAGUCGCAUUCGCCAUUGGUUACCACUACGAUUGAACCCCACCCACAGCACCAACCCCCUCCAUCACUCUACACCAACUUCUGGUUCACCUUUCUCCCCGACGUCGUCAUCGAUUCAGCCGGAGGAGUCAUGUAUUCUCUCCGCUUAAAAAACGAAAAAUCCCAACUGGAAAUCCCGGAAAAACACACAAUGUUAGAGUACCUGGCUCGCCGGAAAAACGAGAAAAAGCUAUUCAUCGCCACGUUGCUCUCGUGUCUUCGAGCUCGAGCUUUGAGCUUGAGGCAGAUUCGAAAAGUAUUUACGAGGAUUUGUGGCGGUGAAAAAGAGCUGAAAUCGGCUGAAAAUGAGGCAGUGAAGCCUGUGAUGAGCUGUGAGAAAUGGAAUCCAAUGAUUGUGAGCCAACAGGAAAUGCAGAGUGCAGUGUUGAUUCCGUUAAGGGAAGACGCCUCACUGCCCGAAUCGUACGUCGCCAACAUAAUGCUCCAAUACCUUCGUUCCCUCUUCGACGCCUCCUUAUCUCCAGAAGCCUAUCUUAUUGAAAUGGUCGUUGAGACACUGGCAGAAGCCGGAGAAAUGUCGAAACUUCAACAAAUUGUCACCUAUCGAGUUAUUAAUGAUUCGAAACCUCUCGCCUUCCUCCUACUGUCCUAUGAAGCCAGAUGUUCCACACUUUUUCAGUCCGGCGUAGACAUAUUGGCACGAAACAAGGCGUCGGAUGAGAUAGUAGAAGUGAUGUUGGAAAAGAAACAAAUCGUCGACGCCUUCAGAUUCAUUGACGUCAGAAAUUUGAAUGAAGGACUGAUUCCGAAAGUGGUCGAAGCGGCCAAUCAGAAUUGUUUUCGACAGACGAGAUACGCGAUUCGAGAGCAUUUAGUGGAGAAAAAGGCCAAAGCCUCACUAUACAAAUCGAUUGGCGACGAUUUGUACACAGAUGCGGAAGUCCAGGAGGCCAACACCGAGCAAGCCACGUGCACACUUUUUGAGCUAUAA